AGAGUCAGGACGAGCAGAGACUGUUGUUGUCCCUCACUCUGUGUGCUCCUGUCAACUUGUCAACACCACCAUGCUGCUCCGCUCUCUGCUCCUGCUCCUCCUCUGCGUGUCCACGGCCACGAGCGCCACUUUAGGACACUACCAGGCCCAGGCCGAGGAGGAGGAGGAGACCCCGGCUGUGACCGACUUCGCCACUCCAGAUAUAGCUCCUUUAGACGUCCAAGCAGAUGAUCCGACUGCAGACAAUUCCCUCUUUGGUGACGACCUGUCAGCUAAAACACAGGCGGACCAAGACGCCGACAAACCUGAGGUGGAGGUCCCUGAAGGAGAGCGUGAAGCAGCAGCAGCAGAAGAGACAGAAGCAAAAAGUGACGGGCCUGUUGAAGAUACAGACGCUCAUGCUGCAGAAGCUGUCACCCAGGAGCAGGCUGCAUCUGAAGCAGAGCAGCCCUCCUCAGAAGAAGCUGUGAACCAGGAGAAACCUGCUGAAGAAGCUGUGAUCCAGGAGGAACCUGCAGAAGAAGCUGUGAUCCAGGAGAAACCUGCUGAAGAAGAGAAGGAAGAUAAUGAAAUCAAACCAGUCCUCACCAACCCAUCAGAAAGCAAAGAGCCGGCUGAGGAAGAGAGCAGCUGGAGUUUUAACUCCAUCAGAAACAGUUUCCAGUCCAUGCACGGUUACUUUGACUCCCUGGUGGAGCUGGUUGGAGGCCGUGACGGGGUGUGUCAGUACCGCUGCAGAUACGGUGAGUGAAGAUCUCUCAGAUACAGCGAAGGAAGAGUCGAUGAUGAACUUUCAUCAGAGACAAAGAAGCUUUUCUCUGCAAUCAGUCUUUUCUCCGUUUACACUCAAAUGUUCGUCUCUGUCAGCGUUUUCACACUUGUUUUUUUUCACUCUCAGGUUUCAGACGAUCAUGUCUUCCUUUGCAGACUGUCCUCUCUCUCUUUCUGCAUUUCUUCCGGGUUAAUUCCUCCUCCCCUCUGCCUCCUUUUCAGAUAUAUUUGCUCGUUUUUAGCACACUUCAGAUGAUUGACUCUUUCUUUUUAAACUGUCCCUCUCUUUCCCCCAUAGAUGAGCUUGUUGUUGCAUAUUUCAGUCCCUCCAGUCUCAGGUUAUCCACACACAUCUCUCUUACUCUCAGGAAUAAUUUCCUCUCCUCUGUGUCUAAUCGUCUCUUUUCUUGAAUUGUAUUUGUGCAGAAAUUAUUCCUCCUCUUUCUGAUAAAAGUGUUUACGUUUGCAUCCAUGUUUCUUUUGUUUCUCUUUUCACAAAGUCAUCUUUUUUUGAAGCAUUUGUGUCUGAAUGUUUUCAAGCUUCUUAUUGGAUAUCGUUCCUUUCCCCUGAGGUUCAGAUCCCCUCCCCUCUGCCUCGUAUAACCCCUCUUUAUCACUGCAUGUUUGCACACUUUAGCUCAGGAACUAUCCGCUCUCUCUCCAGGUUAUAGUCUCCUCCCCUCACCUCUCUGUAUUGAUGCACAUGUUCUUGUUUUUUUUGCACACCUCAGAUUCCUCGCCUCUGCUGUCAGUUUAUCAGCUCCGUGUUUCUCCAGGUUAUUGAAGACGGAGCGCUCAGGGUCCUCCGGCUGCUGAUAAUGAAACCUGAACUCAGAGUUUAUCUCUCAGCUGAACUCAGAGUUACACAAUCGAUGCAGAUGUUCUCAAACAGAAGUCACAUCUUAUCUGAGAACAUAGAUACUCUGGUGUGUUAUAUAUGUGCUGAUAUCUAUUACAUAUAUAUCUAUAAAGAGGACAUCUGUACAUGUGUUUGUCUCCAGGAGAAACUCCUCAGCCUCGUCCCGGGUACCAGCUCCCUGAACCCAACGGCUGCAGCUCCUCUCUGGUCGGCUUCCAGGUGAAUGCUGCUGUAGGUGGUUCAGCGCACCGACAGCCCAACAGACAGACAAUAACCUGUAACUGAGCUCAACACCAGAACCACAGACACUGACACCGUCCAGUUUGUCUCUUCACAGCUGGAUCUGGGGAUCCCGGCCAUGACCAAGUGCUGCAACGAGCUGGACCUGUGCUACGACACCUGUGGGACCAGCAAGUACGACUGUGACUCCAGGUUCCGCUCGUGUCUCCACAGCCUCUGCUCCGACCUCAACAGGAGUCUGGGCUUCGUGUCCAAAGUCCAAAGUGAGUUCAGGAACUUUGGAUGAAAUUAAAGUUCCCUUUAAAGAGUACUAAUGGUUCCUGUAGACCGCUGUCUCUUUCUCUCCUCCUCACUCUUCCUCACACUCCUCCUCUUUCUCUCCCUGUUUUCCUCUUUAUUUUCCCUCUCUACUCAUUUUUCUUCUCCCCCUCUCUCUCCCUCUUGAAGAGGAUCUGACUGUCUGACUCAUGAUUUCAGUUUUUACUCUGAUUAUUAGAUAUCGAUCUAACCGGGUCAACAGUGACCCUACCACAACAGGUGCUAUAAUUUUAAUAAGAGUAUUUUAUAAUUUAGUCAAUUUAAUUUUUUUGUUUUUAUUUUGUUAAAAUCGAGGUUCCUGACGAAGUCAAAAAGUUUUGAUGCAAAAACAGAAUUUAAGUGGUUCUUUUAAGCUUUUAAAGACAAAAACGUGUCGGUACAGACAUUAACACAGGAGGAGGAUUAAAUUCAUUUUCUUUAUUUCAAACACUCAGUUGGACUAAAUAUCUUCAUUUUCUCUUUAAUUAUUAAAACUCCACAUACUUCGAUGACCUCUGACCUUAUAAUUCUUCACCAACAUUAACUGGACUUCUGCUCGGACUCCUCUGCAGCCUCUGAUACGACUAAAACUACAACUACCUUAACUAAUACUUGAAUAACUGCAGUUUUUAAACAGUUUUCUCAUUUAAUUAGUUUUUUUUUUUUAGUUUAAUUUCAAACGUUUUCUGACUUUUUAAUGUUUCUGCCUGUAACUUGGUAAAAACUUCAGGUUGUAAACUUCACUGAAUGGAAGAAGGAGGAGAGUUAUAACUGGAAUAUAUCCUAAUAUUUUUUAAUAGUUUUAUAUUAUUUUUUAGAUUUUUAAUUGAAGUCUAUUAGACAAAAUUUUGAAACCUAAUACAAAAACAAAAAUCUCCAAAAGUCUCCAAAUUUUACUUGAUGGUUUCCAAAGGCAAAAACUUAUACACGUUAUAAAAUGACACCUAAAGCGCCACCAUGUGGUCAUUUAAAUAUUAAUGUAGUUAAUUUUCACACAGCUUAUUCCUUUAAUGGUGCUUCACUGCAGCCUGAUCAUUUUUGUAUUUUUCAAAGAUACUUGAAGAAUUAAUUUACAUGGAUCAGAAAUGAGAGCGGUCCCAGAACAGAGCCCUGUGGGACUCCAGCGGCUGUCCUGGUUUUGUUAAAAUAGCAGGUCUUGACGUCUAAACCGGCUUCAGUUGGACAGAUAAUUUUCUCACCACGAUCAAAUGCAAAGAAUCAGAUAAAUAUAGUUUAUAUCACACGCUCAUCUCACCCUCUCAUAACUCCUCCUCUUCUUUAUUCCCGUUUGUCCUCCAGCCUGUGAAUCGAUGGCCGACACGGUCUUCAACACGGUGUGGACCCUCGGCUGCAGACCCUACAUGAACAGCCAGAGGGCGGCGUGCUUCUGUGAGGGAGAGGAGCGGGAUGAACUGUGACCCUGAAAACUCCUGGACUCUCUAAAAACAAACAUUUCCUCAGUAUUUCCUCAGCGGUGUAUUUAUAGACUCUUUUUAUCAGAAAAGAAAAAACUUCAUAAACGCGAGUGUAAAUGAUCUUUUUUUGUAGGUUUUAUUCUUGUUUUACAAAAAGACAAACGUCUGAAUAUGACUUUGGUUUUCCACUCACCUUCCUUUAAUCUCUGACUCCAUUAUCGUUAAUUACUUUGAUGACUCCGGACAAAGAGCAUGAUGGGAAGGAAACUGAAGACACAUUCACCUCCUCUGACUAAAUCCUGAUGCUGGUUCACGACAUGCUGCUAAAACAUCCAGACAUUCUGCUUUAAAGUUCCUGUUUGAGUUUUUAAGAUGAGUUUUUGUUGUUUUUAAGAAAGACUAACAGUCAAAUAUCACUUUAAUUUAUAUAUUUGAUGCUGGAUGACGCUUUGACGUCUCUUUUUAUCCCCACGCAGAUUAAACCGAGCGAAUCAGUCACUCGUUUAUUUCCAGACUGAGUGAACUGGAGUGAAAUAUCAACCGUUUUCUAAAUCCAGUAAAUCUCGCCUGGCGUUAAUCAAGCCUGAGAAACGGCUGAAAGUGUGACCUCCAUCAGCAGCAUCCUUCAUGCUGUAGUUGUUACAAACGGGCUGCAGCCUCUCUGAAUGAUGGCUAAUAGAAACGUCAUUCACUUUAAUGGCAGGAAAUUGCUCUGCCAGGGAGAGACGCACAAACUUGGAGGUAUUAAGCAGAAUUCAGAGCAGCUGACACUGAAGCAUAAACAGCAGAAUAACAGAGAGAAUAUACGGCCCAGCUGUGUGUGUGUGUGUGUAACUAAAGGACUGAUCUGUAUUUAAAUAAACUCAACAUGUUUGUCAUCUUCACUAUAA